UAUCAAAAGCCUGCCACUGAGAAGUCAGUGCAGGUGGGUCUGAGAUAGAAUGAAAGAUGACCGCAUUCCUAAAAUUCUUUUGCAGGUCAACAUGUGGAGGGACAACCGCAGUAAGGGAAGACCAAGCUUUAGAUAGAAAGAUACGUUGAAGCAAUCACUAAGGUUUCUACAGCUUAGCUUGACAUCAUGGGAAAGUCAUUACCGAGACUGAGCUGAGUGGAGUAAAAUGUGUCAUGAUGCACCUCAACAAUUUCAGUUGAAGUAACAGAACAAUAAAAGAAUUAUAUUCAGCAAUUAACAGACACAUAUAUCCAAACCCAGGCAAAAUCAAAAUCAUCAUCAUCCCCAAUGUCCCUCAUAGCAAAGGCCAUACCUGAACUCAAAUUAUAGUCACGCAUCCAUCACAAAUAGAUGUUUUCCAUCGAAACCCGUGUUUGAAUCUUCAGCAAAAAUCUCAGGAAACGAUCUGAUCGUGCACGAAGGUGAAGAAGUGUCCGUGUCAUGUAAGCUGACGGGAAACCCACCUCCAACGGUUACUUUACGGUGGAUGAAUACCACAGACAUGAAUUAUCACAAGAACACAUCAGUGAACAGAAUAGAUGACUAUAUCAUAACUAACCUGUACUUCACUGCAUCUCGGAGACAUCACAACCAGGAGAUACGUUGUAAGGUCACUGAUGACGGGCAGGACCCAUGGGCAGAAGAGUCUUUUUUACUAUUACAUGUUAACUAUUUAGAUAAUCUGAUUGCUUAUGCAGUUCCAUCCAGUGUUGUUGCUGGUGGCAGAGUGGCUCUUGUCUGUAAAGGGAACGGUCGACCAGCUGUGAAUAAAACGUGGACGAAAAGUGGAAGUUCUUGGGAGAAAGAUGCAAAGGAAUUGUUCAUUCUCAACAACGUUUCUUUAAAAGGGACUGGAAUUUAUAUUUGCACCAUGUGGAAUGCAAUUGGUAGAACAUCUGCUGCUGUUGGUCUUCAUGUAAAAGAAGAGGAGAGAAAAGUUCUACCUGCCCCGGCUGAAGUUCACGAAGAUGUCACUGCUGCUCCAAUACUAAAUGCUUUGCUCAUCUUCUGCAUUCUGAUAUUCUUGCUUCUCUUCGUUCUGCUGGUACUAGUUCUACAUUACAUUUACCGCACCAUUCCCUUGAAGUCUCGAAGCUGCAAAAGACGACUGCCAAACCUGCCACUAUCUGCAUUGUCACGUUCUGAAGACAGAGUCCACCCUCAAGUAACAGUAAAAGUCACCCAAUCUUCCAUAAGGACAGCUAACCCAGCUGCCGCUCAGGGGGAAGGCCCCUUACCAACUCGAGCAAAGAACAGUAGAUUACCAAACAUCCCAGGAAAAUCUGAACACCCCUAUGUUAAUACUUCUACAACACAUGCCGAUUAUUUAGAAUUGGUGGAUGAAAAUUGCAGUGACGACAAGUCAGAAGAUUUACUAUACGAAGAACCAGGAGAGAGCUGUUUCCGACUGACAGAACCAGCACGAAAGUCAUCCAGCAGCACACUUCUGCCGUAACCUGAUGUUUAACGGUGAUAGCCAUGUUCUUGGCAAGCACAUGACGCCUGCAAUUAUCAUACGGACAAAAGAGAUGUGUGACAGCUAUAUGGUUUUGUAUUAUAGUUAUUUGUGAUGUGUGUCAUGGAAAGAACGGAGAAGUCAGAGAUGACAGAAGGAAAUAACUCUUCUCAUAUAUGUGUGCAUGUUUAUAUAUACUUAUAGUGUGUAUAUACAUACAUAUAU